AUGACGGAAAUCAGCGAAAAGGAGAACGAACCACAAAACCGGGACUUUCACCGACCACAGGCUACUGUGCCUAGUCAACAAGAAUCUAAGCUGCAGCGGCUGAAGCGCUCCCUCUCCUUCAAAUCAGUCAUACGCAGCAAGAGUGUGGACAACUUUUUCCAGCGCAGCAACGGUGAAUCACGGCCACCUUCAUGUCUAACUGCCAAAUCACCACCACCACUGGGAUCUCCUCCCCCCUUCUCUGAGUCCCCACUGGCCUAUGAACACUCACCCUCACUCUCCCCAUCUAUAAGCCCUAACCCUUCGUUGUCAUCACGCUCCCCAUCCAUCAGUCCUUCACUGUCUGGGACCUCCAAAACCCAGCCAAUGUCUCAGGCCCAGCCGGUGCAGCUGGUCAAGACCCACUGUUUCCAGGAGCAUGUCUUCCGUAGGCCUACCAGCUGCCAACGAUGCAAACACACCAUCCAAGGAAACUCCAAGCAGGGGCUACGUUGUAAAUCCUGUAAGAUGGCAACCCACCUCUGGUGCUCCUCUGAGCUCUCCCAGCAGCCCUGUAAUGGCAAGACAGGAGCUUUUAAGAGAAACUUCAGCUCUCCUCUCCUUACCACUGAUCCACUGGGUGUGGUUAGAGAGGCUCCAGCUGCGCAGGAGGCAGAUAAUAACAUUGUUGAUCCUGUGUAUGAGGCACUGCGCUAUGGGAUGACGCUGGCUCAGAUGAGUCAAUCCAGCAUUGGUAGUAUCUCAGAAUCACCCUGUCACGAGGGAGAAAAACUGCAAGAUCAACUAGAAAACCAGCCUAUACCUGAAGAGGAACACAUCCCAGGAAUGCUCACCCCUCCUGAAAGCGAGAAGGCAGAUUCAGAAGAAAGGGUCAGCCUGAAGACUCCAAAACGAGUAGAGGUUCACUCCAUUCACACCUACGUGGCGCUCUACAAGUUUCUGCCUCAGGAGAAGAACGAUUUGGAGCUGCAGCCUGGCGACAGAAUUCAAGUCACAGAUGAUUCCAACGAGGAUUGGUGGAAGGGGAAAAGCAGAAACAAGGUGGGAUUUUUCCCAGCCAAUUUUGUGCAGCGAAUCCGCCCUGGUGAGCGGGUGUGGAAGGUCACCACUGGUUUCCACGGCAACCGAGACAAAGGCCAGAUGACUGUGAAAGAGUCCCAGAUCUGUAUCGGGAAAAACGAGGAGAUUGACGGUUUCUUCCGGCUGAGCAGCGGGAAGAAGAGGGGCCUGGUUCCUGUGAAGUGUCUGCUAGAAAUAUGAUGGCACUGCUUUUGCCUUGACCCUCACAGGAGUUCGCAGUGAUGGAGGAAUACUCAGGAGCGUUUCGCCAAAACCUCACUGAUCACCAACCACCCACCUCCAUCUCUAAAAAAGUGGCAGUGAAAGCAGUGUGAGUGGAAGAUAACUCACAACUUUGCUUUUUACUGCAGUUUGAGACUUAAAGGAUGCGGGGGCUUCUUUGCAGUUAUUUAGAGCUACUUUUCUUGUAGCACAACUUUACUUUUUUUAUACCCUCACAAAAGAAAUGUAGCAUUAUGUGGAAGAGGAUAAGUGCACAGGAAGUCUGCUUACCUCACUAGCCAUCUCCACUCGUCAUUCGUUUGUUAAAAAGAAGAGAGGACUUUUUAAUUAUGAUGUCAAGGCUUGUCCAAGCCUAAAAAGACAUUGUAAGAAAACUGUCUUAAUUUAAUUGUUUUUGUAGAGAAAACAAGACAUUGUGAAAGUCUCCAGCUGUUUAUUGUCAUGCGUAGUGCAAACACUUUUUGGUUGGUUGUUUGUUUCAAAUCCUGUUAAACCGACUGGAUUUAAUAGAUUUAGCUGAGAGUAUAAACCAUAAUAACUUUUGGAUGUGCAGACUGCAGCUCGAAUUGAGCACAUUUUCCAUCGUAAUAUGAAUUGAUGAUAUGGAUAUGUGUCACUCCUGCUCUGACUAGAAGAAUUUGAAGAUUCAGGUAUUACAUAAUGUAAAAAUGAAAGUCUUCUCUACUACAUCUUUUGGUAACAACACACACAGAUGCUGAGAUUUUUACAUUUCAGACUGCUCUCCGGUGGUUAGAAUAUGGUACGUGUGUGCUCUUCACAGCUCUGAUGUGACAAAUGCUUUGUGUGCACCUUGGGGAGUUUCUUUGUCAGUAUGCCCUUCAAUCGCACUUUCUGUACACAGAUUUCAUAAUUCACUCUGUUCAGUGUAGCCCAAAAAAAAAAAAAAGAGUCUGCUUCCUGUCAUUAUAUACCAAGUGUUGUCUAUCUGUAUGUAAUGUCCUGUAAUAUCCGCUGUCAUAUCUAGCUGUGCACUUCAACACAAGGAUGGCGUUGCUGUUAGGAGUUUUUGACAUGCUCGCUUUUCCUCCUGGGCAGAGCAAAGAAAUAAUCCAGGAUGAUUUAUUAAACUCUUCCAACUUUCAGUCUUUUAGAAACCCAUGCACCAAACCUCAGCGGCAAAAGGUUAAUUCUUUAAAUCAACAGCUAAACUUUCUCCCAGCGCACAUAACUGAUAAGUGGUGAGGAAAGAUGAUAAAAGGCAAAAACACCUCACAACAUUAGGUUUCAUUAAAAACAAUAAGGCAGUUACAAACUGCCUUGGUUGUGGCAAUAACUGUAAAUACAUUUAUGACAGUAUUUGUAAAUAGCCUUAAAAAUAUUGUAUAGACUGGCUCUGAAUAGCACUCUGAUUAAGAGGUUUGCAGCUAUCCAGAAACCAACUAAGGGCAUUAAUUUCACACUUAUAACUUAGAAGAAAUUACUAUUUAUUGUCUUACUUAUAUAUGUAUGCAUCUCUUUGCUCAAUUAACAACUAUCCCUGUCAGCACAAGUCUUUUAAGAUACUAUGCACAACAGUUCUAGUCACUCACUUUAUUUUAUACUCAGCUUAUUUCCAAUAUAGCCACACAUGUGUCAGCGUGCUUUUGCAAGGAUAUGAAUUGGCAUUUCUUUUUACGUCUUAAAUCAGUCUGCACCAUGCUACUCUUAAACAUUAUCGUCACAGACUAGAACCAAAAUUGGCUCAGGAUCAGUAUUACCAGGUGAAUCUCAAAUCUAAAUGCGCACUACCAGGCUAGUUCUCUGCAUGGCUAGCUACUCUGUGAUCUUCACAGCUCUCAAUAAAGUCAAAUGAACUCUCA